AUGUUGGACGCUCAGGGUUCCAGCCAUGGUUGCCAGGGCCCCAAUCUGAGUGAGAACCCUACUGGCUGCCCCCCGCACAUGUUGGAAGUGCGGCUGGGGCUGUACCUGGGUGGGACCGUGGCCAAUGCGAAGCUGGACCAGCUCAGGGUGGCGGGGAUUACAGCCGUGCUGAUGGUGGACUCGGAGGAGCCUGGUUUCACGGCAGGGGCUGGAGUCGAGAGUCUGCGGAGCCUCUUUUUGCCAGCGCUGGAUAAACCCGAGACCGACCUGCUCAGCCACCUGGACCAGUGCGUGGCCUUCAUCCACCAGACCUGCCUGGAGGGCCGUGCGGUGUUGGUGCACUGUCAUGCCGGAGUCACUGGCAGUGUGGUUGUAGUGACAGCUUUUGUGAGGAAGACAGACCAGCUCAGCUUUGAGGAAGCCUAUGAGAGCCUCCGACCCAUCCAGCCAGAGGCCCAGAUGAAUGAAGGGUUUCAGUGGCAACUGAAAUUAUACCAGGCCAUGGGAUAUGAGAUGGAUACCUCUAGUACAAUGUAUAAGCAAUAUCGCUUGCAGAAUGUUACAGAGAAGUAUCCAGAAUUACAGAAUUUACCUCAAGAACUCUUUGCUGUUGAUCCAGCCACUGCCUCACAAGGAUUGAAAGAUGAGAUUCUCUACAAGUGUAGAAAGUGCAGCUUCUUUGUCCAAAAUGCAGUGCCAAGUUGGGUUCCUUCAACUGGUAUGGUGAACAGUGCUCAUGUGGAAGAUGGAUAACACCUGCUUGCCAAAGACGUAAGAACUGAGUGGAUGAAAAGAAAAUACGGCCAGUUUUGGGAUCACAAACAAGAAAAAAUGUAAAUGUGUGACAUUUGUGAGCUUGGGAAGAACCUUCGUGAAGAUAAUAUUCUGUCCCUCUUUUUAAUCAUUCAUGUCAGGUUGCCUAGUUUGUAGGCAAUCAGCAUUUCACUG